AGACCAGGCCGACUUGUGAGAGCGCAACAAUACAAUUAGUGAGUCAAAAGCAUUAAAUUAUUCGUAGUGUAUGUUUCAUUAUUAAUAAUAAUAAUACAUGAAAAAAUAAUAUUCAAGGUAAUAGAAAAUAUGAUAUUUUCACGCCGUUGUUUUUGUCGCUAUAGUUGCAGCUGUGUAGUUCUCAAUGUGCGCAGUUGGUAUGUUCCACUCAAUAUAAAAUGGAGCUUAAUCGAAUUCCGCUGUUGUGGGCCGAGCACCGACCUGCCAACAACUGAUAGUGGCUGUUAAUAAUCGGCUAGCAUGGGUGAAAGACUUAAACGUCCGAAUAAACAUUUAAUUUGUUCUUUCGCUGAAUGUAAAGCGACGUUUUCCAAGUUGUGGAAGUUUGAAGCACAUUACUGCAGACACACGGGACUGAAGCCCUUUGCUUGUGGAGACUGCGAGAAGAGCUUUUCCACCCGUUACCAGCUCACCCGACAUCAACUGAGCCACAGCGGAGAGAAACCCUACCUUUGCUCAGUCAGCGGGUGUUCAGAUGCAUUUUCAACGCCUGGCACCUUGAGGACCCAUGUUGCUCACGUUCACCACCAAACCGAGAGCUGUUAUGUGUGCAACUAUCAAGACUGUGGAAAGGAGUUCCGUAAGAAGAAGCAACGGAAACUUCACACCUGUGAGCAUACAGAGGAGUUGCCCUUUGAAUGUGACAUUGAGGGAUGCAAUGACAAAUUUGCAUCCUCUAAAGCUCUAAAAGGACACUGGAAGAGGCAUGAAGGUUACCCAUGUGACGAGCAGUACUGUAACUUCAAAGGAAAAACUUGGUCCGAGUAUCAUAAGCACAAAAAGACUGCACACCGAGUAACCCUGCCUUGUGAUCAAUGCAAGAAGAUCUUCCACGGUGCCUGGUUUUUGCAGAAGCACAAAAAGUCGGUUCAUUCUGGGGAGCGGCGUGAGUUCAAAUGCGUUCAAGAAGGCUGUGAAAAGAGCUACACCACAAACUUCAACCUCCAGAACCAUAUUCUGGUCUUCCAUGAAAGGAAGCAUGACUUCACCUGCACUUUUGCAGGCUGUGGUAAAGCCUUUGCUAUGGAGGUAAGUCUGGAGAGACACUUUGUGGUCCAUGACCCUCAGAAGACAAAACCACAGAAGCCAAAAGUCAAGCAGCGUAAGUGUAAGACGACUCCAUCCAAAACGAAGUUGUCGGAUGCUGCUCAACUAUCGAAGCGUCUGCAAAAUGUGUCCUUGAACAAGACCGCUUCAAAUACGCCAUUGCCUUAAAUUUUUUUUUUUUUUUUUUUUUGAUGGAACCGUACCCUUUGUCCCAUACUUAAGUUUUGUUCAGUUUAUCAACUUGACGCAUUCAGUUUGGAUCACUUUUUUUUCAAAAUAAAUGGUCACUUCUGCAA